AUGAUUUAUUAGGAUUUGAGUAAAAUUGUAAAAUUAAAAGAAGUAGUCUUAGUUUAACAUGAUUUUAUGAAAUUGGAAAUACUAAGAUAUAAAAAAGUGGUAGUAGAUAUGGCGUUUAACUUAGAGAAUCCGAAAUAUUCAUUAGAAAUGGCUAUGCAGGAAAAAGCAUAGGAAAUUUAGGCAGACAAAAUGUAUUGAUGGCUGAACAAAAGUAAGGUGAGGAAGAAAAACGCUGUCGAAAAUUGAAAGAGAUAUAGAAAAGAGUAAAAAAUCUCAGGAUAAAAUAUGAAUCCUUUGUUCAAAAGAAUUAAUCUUCGAAAUAUAAGCAAGUCAACUAAAACAUAGAGGAACACACCUAAGCUUAUUAUAUAAUUAAAUCUUCAUAGGAAAUAGAAAAAUUAUAGAGGAAAGGGGAUGAAUUAAAUGCUGAAAUCUUUAAGAAAAACUUGGAAUUAAAAGCUUUAGAUAAUACCUUAAUUCCUCUUAAAAUAGAAAUAGUAAAUAUAGAGAUUGUUUCUUAAAUAAGGGCAUUUCGUAAAAAGAAGUAUCUCAUAAAGAUGGAUUAAAAGAAUAAUGUAGAGCAGCAUCUGAAAUACUAAAUAGAGUAUUAAACAAUAUAUAUUCUAGAUUGAGAUUUUUGAUAAUCAAGAGAGAGAAGUGGAUAUGUAAUUAUAGAAGAUUGAAAAGAAUUACAAGAUCAAUAAGAAAAGAUAAAUAGAAAUGUGAACAUAAUGAAUUCUAAAUUAGAAAAAUAUAGCAAAAAAGAAUUGUGCUUGAUGAAUCGAACGCACAUCUCUGCUUCGGAUUAGAUAUUUUCAAUAAUUUAAAUAAAACUUUAGAGGCUUGCACUUUGAAUCAUUUUAGAUUCUAUUCAUCUAAUAUUAAGUUAGGCUAGGAAUUUCCAGAAAUACAAGCAACAAUAGAUGCUGUCUUUUAAGAGAAAAAUGUCAAUGUUUCGAUCAAACAACCUUCAUCUUUUGGAGUCCCUUCUGUUAGAUCGUCUGUAAGUUCAGCUUCUUCUCAAGGCAGAAGAAGAUUAAGAUCAUAUUAAUAAGUAAUUAAACAAAAAAUAUAUAAUUUUUAUUAAUUAUACCUGAAAAGUAUAUUCCAAAUGAAUGUACUCCAAUGA